AUGGAAAACGAUCUAUUAGAAGCCUUUACUGACAUUGUUGUGAACAACAAGCCAAUAACAUCUAUUUCACCCAUAUUCGAAAGGUUUCAAAAUGGCGAGUAUGACCAUGAAGCCUUUAUACAAUACCUCCUUGAUGCAAUAUGGUACAUUGAUACUACGAUAAUUGACAGUGCCAAUGACAAGACGAUGGAAAGUGAGCGUCGUCGAAACUUAAGUAGCAUUGUCAAAUACCUUAAUACAAAUAAUAUCGUUGAUACCAAAAACAUGAAGACCAAAUUAGAUAUCGUCCUACUGGAAAAUGCUGGCGUUGUAGAAGAAAAAACUUUUGGCCGACGAUGCGUAAGGAUAAAUACGGCAAUGCUGUAUAAGCAACAAAAGUAUAACCUUGCCCGAGAAGAAUCAGAAGGUUAUUCAAAAUUAAUGUGUGAAUUAACCAUGAGUUACAACACCAUGUAUAAAAAUGGUGAUGAAAAGUCUCAGAAUGUGCGUGUGCAAAGUCUCUUGGAGACUAUACAGACAUUAAUAGGAUUCUUUAAUUUGGAUCCUAAUCGUGUUCUCGACUUAAUUCUCGACGUAUUUAUUGCAAAUGUAAAGGAUCAUUAUGAAUUUUUCAUACGACUUUUAAAGAACUCCCCUUGGCUACCGGAUCCUAUUGAUGUGGAUAAAUGCAAUUCUGAUCAUGAUAUUUUGGAUGAGUGGUCGAAUGAUAAGGGUAAUCAAACAUGCGCUCAAUUGCUUGGCACAAAAUUUUCUCGUUAUAAAGGUUCCGACAUGAUGUCAGAUGCAUUUCAAUCAUUGUAUAUCGCUUCUGCAAUAUUAAUCCACAAUGAGAUUGUAAAAAUUGCUGAUUUGUAUCCAUAUAUUCUGAAGGAACCUGGCGAUAAUGAUCCAUACGAACAUUUAAGCGGAAUUGCAUGUGCUUUUCUUGAAAUCGGUGACUUUUACCAUGCACGUUAUGUAUUACAUCAUCUUCCUGAUAUUGGGGAAUCCGUCGUCAAAUGUUUGCGUGAGAUAAUUAAUGUAGCAAUUCACGAAGUUUAUGUUCCAAUCGCCCCUCGAUUAAUAAAAUAUUUUCCAACUCCGACUUUUUUUGGUUCCUGGUAUAAACAAUGGAGUGAAGGAGUUCCCAUUUUUCAUUCUUUUAUGGAUCUCAUAAAUGAAAAAGGACGGCAAUUACUACAUUUUGUCGGCCCAUGGCUUUCUAAAGAUCUUAUAUUACUCACCAAAAUAAUGCGUAUCACAUUUCACCAUCUAAAGGAAUCCAAGAAUACUCCAGAUUAUGAAAUUAUUCAAAAUGGUUGGAUUGACAUUCUUCUAACGGUAAUUUUGCCAAGUAUAUCUAUGCCAGGCACUACGUGUGGUGUGAUAGAUGAGUUAUGGAACAUUCUUAAAUUAUUCCCGUAUGAAACAAGAUACAAGAUAUAUGCCGAUUGGAAGCUAGUUUACAGUUCUCACCAGUUAUUAAGAGAGCAGCAGAAGAAGGUCUCAUAUAUUACUAAAGAUAUUUUAAAGAAGAUAACAGAAGAAAAUUGCCGGGUGAAAGGUCGUGAUCUUGCCAAAAUUUCACAUACAAAUCCGACAGUCGUAUUUGAAAUUAUUCUAAAACAAAUUCAAGCCUAUGAUAAUAUGAUGACUUCAUUUGUCGAAGCCUGUAAAUACUUUACGGCCCUUGAAUAUGAUAUCCUGACUUAUCAGAUGCUAGAGAUAUUUGCUUGUGACAGGGCAAGGUUAAAAGAAGAUGGUGUCAACAUUAGCGAUUGGCUUAAACAUUUGUCAGACUUUUGCGGAAAUAUGUGUCGAAAAUAUGAUAAAAUGAACCUCACAGGCAUUCUUCAAUUCAUUGUUUGCAAACUCAAAGAUCGCAGCUCCGUGGAUCUAUAUGUUCUUUCACAGCUAAUUACUGCAAUGUCUGGGAUUAAAUACGAAACAAUCCCUUCAAAUUUAGAUGUAAUCCUUAUGGGUACUGGAGAAAAUCUACGAAACAUCAAAUUAUUUAAUCGGAAUCAAAAAAAUGUCCGUCGCAAUUCCUCCCGGCUGGGUCAAACACUUGUCGAGGAGGGGUUUGCCAUGAAGAUUGCUAUACUGAUUGCUCAACUGGCGCAAAGCAUUCCGUAUGAAGCAUUUGGCGUGGUGGAAGAAUCCGCAGGCCUUAAGUCCGUUAUUCAUCAGAUGGAUCUUUGCCGCAACACUUAUAUUCAAUAUGUAGAUUUUUUAGCAAUGACUAUAGGCAUGGAGGAAUAUGCUGCAAUUGUCCCUGAUAUUGAAAAAUUGACUAGAACAUAUCAAUUACAAAUGGAAUAUGCUUUUAUGUUGCUACGGCCGGUAAUGAAUUACAAGCUAAAGCAACAUACAGAUGCAAACGAUUCAAUGAAUAUAAACAAUGAGUCAACAGUAAUUUGGCAGCCCUCCUUAUUACCUAUAAUCGAUCAAGUUAAAUCCAUUUUGCCGGCCUAUGUGUGGAAUGGAAUCAGUCCACAUUUCUUUGUUACUUUUUGGCAGUUGUCUUUAUAUGACUUAGAAUUUCCACAAGAAGAAUAUCGUAAAGCUAAGAAUGAUUUGCUAAAUUCUGCAAAUGAUGAUAAGAUUCGUGAUAAAUCCAAAAUUCUUGAUAUUGCUCGUCAAAUCGAUGAAGAUAGGCGAACACAUGAGCAACACGUAAAAAGUGUUAAAAAUCGAUUAAAGAUCGAGAAAGAUCAUUGGUUUUCCGGACAAUUCACUAAUCGUCAAGAUAUUAUAACACAAUUUUGGCAAUAUUGUCUUUUCCCACGGUUGAUCACAAGUGCUGAUAAUGCCGUGUUUUGUGUUAAAUUUAUAGAAAUUAUGCAUGAAAUUGGCACUGCUAACUUUUCUACACUCACAUUGUAUGAUCGGAUCUUUGCAGACCAAGUGCAACCGUUGAUCUUUACCUGUUCUGAGUCUGAGGCACGAAAUUAUGGUGCUUUUCUCCAAACAGUUUUGGCCUCCCUUAGUAAAUUGCACAAAAGUCCACAAGAAUAUGAAAAUAAAGGCAAAGGAUCGGGAAUUCCAGGGUUCCAAAUGAAAUGGUCUGCCCAUAAUCGCCAGCCGACCAGUAUUUCCGAAACUGAUCUAUUACAAUAUGAAGAUUUUAGACGUGUAUAUUACAAAUGGCACUCAAAGCUUCUAAAGGCCUUUGAACAAGGGCUUCAAUCUAUGGAAUACUUUUCAGUUAGGAAUUCUAUUAUUGUCCUUAAUAACAUUGUGUUAUACUUUCCGGCAAUUGACACCUUUGGAAAGAAACUUCAAGACAAUAUUGAUAGGAUUGUUAAAAAUGGAAAUUACGAUAUUUUAACUUUGGCUAUAAGUUAUUCUGCUGUAUUAAAAGGAAGACAACAAUUUUGGGUGUCUACUCGAUCAUUCCAAAAGCCGAAAAAUUCCAGUAACACGGAUUCAAUACAUGAUGAAAAAGGAGCAAAACAUGAUGAAAGAAUAGAGAAAACAGGAUCGUCAUCUCCUUCACAAAGGACAACUCAAGCUUUGGUAGCCUCACGAUCAAGUCCUUUAUCAAACAUGAGAGGUGAUCAACAGUCACCUAAUUCAACUAUUAGAACUAAUAGUCCACGAAGACAAAUACAUCCACUACCUGACAAACCUUUUAAUAAAAAAGACCGUGAUAGGGAUCGAGAGAGAGAUCGUAUCAAAGAUAGAAAAGAUGUUCAAUUUGAGCGUGGCAGUGAUGAUAAAAAAGAGAUGUUGGUUCGUAAUAAAGAAAGACAACCCGCUGAUGAUCGGAAUAAGAGAAUUGAUCAUCAUCCUCGUAUGCGAGAUCGUAAAGAGCGAGAAAGGUCACGUGAGAUUGAAAGAGGCGAUCGUGAGGAUAGACGAGAACGUGAAGGUGAACGUGAUCGCCAUCGAAAUGAUGCAAGUAGAAGACGACAUAUUGAAGACCCUGCUAUUCGCAGACCACGAGAAGAUCGAGAAAUCAUGGCAACUCAAAGAUUUAUAAACAGCAAGAAAAGAGACCGUGUUGAAAGAGACCGAGAUGAUGAACCAGAAUCACCGGUUCCCUCAAACAAGAAGAGGAAUGUUGACCGGGGUAUUGAAAGUCUUGCUGCUACGGUGCCUCCCCGUCCGCCCAUCAAGUUAAAUCGUUCUGUGGAACAUAUCAAUGAUUUGGCUUCUUCAAUGCCAGUAACACCAAUGAGUGGAAAAAGAAAUGAUAAGCGUGACAAUCGAAGAAGAUAUUAA